AUGGGUAACGCAUUAUCUAAUGCCCUCCAGGCCUUCCCGCCAAAGUCGAAGUUCUCGACAGAUCAGAUCCCAGACCUGUCGGGACAGGUCAUAAUUGUCUACAUGGCCUCUCGCAGUAAGGACAAGGCCGAUACUGCCAUUCAGGAACUGAAGGCACAAACUGACGGAAAAGAGGCUAUUUUCUUGGAGCUGGACCUGGGAAACCUUGCCUCCGUUCGUAAGGCUGCGGAGGACAAAGAGACGGAGCUUCACGUCCUGGUCAACAACGCAGGCGUUAUGUGGCCGCCCGUCGACCAUUUGACCUCAGACGGGUACGACCUGCAGUUUGGCACCAAUGUCCUCGGCCAUUUCUUCUUCACCAAGCUGCUCAUCCCGGCGUUGGUCGCUGGGGCUGGAGCAUCCCAAGACCAACAUUCGCGCAUCGUUAAUGUAUCCUCGAGUGCGUCGUACUUGGAGACGCUGCACUGGAAUACCUUCAAAGACAGCGCUGAGCGGAAGAAGAUGUCGCCGAACGCGCUCUACUGCCAGAGUAAAUUCGGGAAUGUCGUGGUCGCCCGAGAGUUUGCCAAGCGUUACGCUGACAAAGGCAUCGUCUCCACCUCGCUGAACCCAGGAAAUAUCGAGACCGAUUUACUACGUUACGUCUCGCCGCUCAAACGUAGACUCCUGAACCUGUUGCUAUAUCCCGCGUCCCAGGGGGCGCUCACGCAGCUGUGGGCCGGCACGAUGCCCGAGACACUUGACUACAACGGCAAGUUCCUCAUCCCAUGGGCGCGGGUGGGCCGGUGCAGGAAGGAAGCCUACGACGAUCAGAUCGGCGAGCGCUUGUGGAACUGGCUCGAAGAACAGGUGAAGGAUCGUUAG